AUGGCCAGGAAAUGCUCGAAUUGCGGCAACAUAGGUCACAAUUCAAGGACUUGCCCUUCUCCGACGUCGCAGCUGAAACUGAAAGGGGUAUCAGACAUAGGCCCUAUUCUUGAUGAUGAUGAUGAUCAAUUUUCUUCUUCGUCUCCUUUCUCAGCUUCUGAAUUUACAAGGAAGAUGAUGGACUUGACAUCUUUACCAUCAUCAGUUGGCUAUUCUUGGACAGAAUCUACACGCUUCAUUAACAGCUGCACCUUGGCAUUUGAGAUGGAGAAAAUAUUACUGGAAAAUAAUCAAGGUAUCGGCCAUCAGGAGGACUCUGAUCUCCAACCUCCAUUAGCCCAACAUAGAAACAAAAGUGUGCCAUGGAGUGAGGAGGAGCACCGGAGGUUUCUUGAAGGGGUUGAAACGCUGGGUAAGGGUGACUGGAAAGGCAUCUCUGAAAACUUUGUCACCACAAGAACUCGAAGCCAGGUCGCAAGUCAUGCCCAAAACUAUUUUCACAACCGUCAGAAAACCGCCGCCGCCGCACCAAUGGCACCAUCCACAAAAACCCCAACUUCCACAAGAGAACACGCCGAUGAUGUCCCAUCCUAA